GCCCCAUACUCCAGCCUCUUUUCUACUCCUCCCAAAGCUCCAUUCAUUGGCCCUGCUGGCUGCUUUGGGUCUCCUGGGCAUCACUUCCGGGUAGCUGCUGAGCCAUUGGCUGCCUGUGGGCCACCAGGAGUGGGCAUUCUGUGGGCGGUUUGUCUGGGCUGGGCCGAGACAGGAUGGGGCUUCUGGUGGUGCUGAGCUGCCUGGGGAUGGCUCUGGGGGGCUCCACUGCCCCGCCUUGGAACAGCACUUCCUGCCACUUGGCCAGGCCCAUCCCUGGGAAUCCUCUGGGGUCCUUGAGCUUCCUGGGUAAAGAUGCCCGGAGACUGGCACUCUUCCAUGCCCGCUGGGAUACGCACGGGAGGCUGCGGGCCUGUGGCCGGCAGGACGACCCGGCGCUCACCGCAGCCUUCGGAGCCUUGUGUGCUGCUGAGAUCACCCGGGACUCUUUCAUCCACACCCCGGGGCCCAAGCUGCAGCGGGUGCUGACCACUGUCCAGACUCAGUGGGAGACCUGCCAAGGGCAUGAAGAGAGGUUGGCUGGGGCCAGAGAGAAGAGAGAAGCAGGGCGGAGCGGAGCCCAGGGAGCCGGGCACCAGCGGCCGAAGAGAGGCUGGACCGUGCCUGGCACGCUGUGGUGCGGAGUAGGGGACUCUGCUGGGAACUCCUCAGAGCUGGGGGUCUUCCAGGGCCCCGAUCUCUGCUGCCGGGAACACGACCGCUGCCCACAGACCAUAUCUCCCUUCCAGUACAACUAUGGCAUCCGAAACUACCGGUUCCACACCGUCUCCCACUGCGACUGUGACGCCAGGUUCCAACAGUGUCUGCGCGACCAGCGGGACUCCGCCUCGGACGUCGUGGGCGUGGCCUUCUUCAACGUGCUGGGGAUCCCGUGCUUCGUGCUGCAGGAGCAGGAGGCCUGCGUGGCGUGGUACUGGUGGGGCGGGUGUCGAAGGUAUGGCUCCAUUCCCCUCGCCCGCCUCCAGCCUCGGACCCGCUACAAUGCAUCCUGGACCUUCCGGGCGCCCCCUGAGGCUCCCAGCCCCCAGAGUUCAGUCCUCACUAAGCCUCCACAGAAGCAGCCACUGGAGCAGAAAGGCUCCAAGCACCACGGCAGACCUGACACCACGGCCCGCAGGGCCCUCCCUGUACCCCCAGCCCGGGCAGAGCUCACUCAUGCCGCCCUCCAGGGGCUGCAGACCGGCUUCAAACCUCAGGGUGCCCACCAGGCCUGCCGUGGCUUCCGCCACCUGGACGAGUGUGAUGCCCAGAUCGCGCCCUGGGAGACCAAAUUCCAGCUGCUCAACCGUGCCCCAGAGCCCCUUUUUCACUGCAACUGCACACACCAGCUGGCACGAUUCCUAAGGCCCCACAGCCCACCCUCAGGGGCACACGUGCUCUGGGAACCGCUGGGCACAACCUGCUUCAAACUGACCCCCGCACCCAACUGUGCUGAGGGCAAUGGUUGCUCCCGAGACCUCAGGGCCGUGAGUGUCAGCCCGGCACUUGAAGCGACUUUGGCUCAGUCGAGUCCAACUCCAAGAUCCGGGCACAGAUGAAGGGCCAGCGGAGCCUUCACAGUACCCUGGGGCCACUCGAUCUUUCUAUGGGCGCUGCUUGAGGCUGAGU